GGCCAUCUUGUUAUUAUUUUCGAAAAUCUUGAGGUUGGAUUUUCGGAAAGACGCAAGACGCAAUAUAGUUGAUGCGAACGCCUCCGGCACUGUGUUUCCGAUUAACUGGCGUAAGAAAAACGUUGCUCGCAUGAGGUUGAGAGUACAGGGUUGCGACGAAGAACGGUCUGGGCGGUAGAAUAUACGAAAGGAUAUACAGUUAAGAUACAUACAAUGGCAACUUUGGCUGAGCAAGCAUCUAAAUUAUUGGACUUUAAUCAGAAAUUGGAUAUAACACUUCUCGACAAUAUAGUAGGAUGUAUGUACACUGGAAUAGGUGAGCAACAAAGAGUUGCUCAAGAAGUAUUAACAACUCUUAAAGAACAUCCAAAUGCUUGGACACGGGUAGAUACCAUUCUAGAAUAUUCACAGAAUCAACAAACAAAAUAUUACGGUUUGCAAAUAUUGGAACAAGUUAUAAAGACACGAUGGAAAGUAUUACCAAGAAAUCAAUGCGAAGGCAUAAAAAAAUACAUUGUAGGCCUUAUCAUAAAAACAAGCAGUGAUCCAGAGACGAUGGAAGCUUCCAAAGUUUAUCUUAACAAACUUAACAUGAUCCUUGUACAAGUACUAAAACGUGAGUGGCCAAAAAAUUGGGAAUCGUUUAUCAGUGAUAUUGUUGGUGCAAGUAAAACUAAUGAGAGUCUUUGUCAAAACAACAUGACUAUUUUAAAACUUUUGUCAGAGGAAGUAUUCGACUUUUCUAGUGGUCAACUCACUCAGACAAAGGCAAAACACUUAAAAGAUACAAUGUGCAGUGAAUUUUCACAGAUAUUCCAGCUUUGUCAGUUUGUGAUGGAAAAUUCACAAAAUGUUCCGUUAGUAGCAGUCACAUUAGAGACGCUAUUAAGGUUUUUAAACUGGAUUCCACUUGGUUAUAUUUUUGAAACGAAGUUGAUAACUACUUUAAUAUACAAGUUUUUGAACGUACCAAUAUUUCGGAACGUUACUCUAAAAUGUUUAACUGAAAUCGCAGCAGUCAUUGCCACUAUACCGAAUUAUGAUGAUAUGUUUAUUAUAUUAUUUAUCAACACGAUGGAGCAAUUGGAAAUAAUGCUUCCGCUGGAAACUAACAUACGUGAAGCAUACGCGGCUGGCCAAGAUCAAGAACAAAAUUUUAUUCAGAACCUAGCUAUGUUUCUUUGCACUUUUCUCAAAGAUCAUGGCGAGCUAAUAGAAAAAAAACAAAUGAAUGAGAUAUUAGUAAAGGCUUUACAUUACCUCGUUCUUAUUUCUGAAGUCGACGAGGUUGAAAUCUUUAAAAUCUGUUUAGAAUAUUGGAAUGGAUUAGCAGCUGAUUUGUACAAAGAGAAUCCUUUCGUGACCUCGUCGCCGCUUUUCAUGUCUAAAAACAUGACGGUUCCACCUCGGAGAUUAUUUUAUGGUCAAGUUUUGACGAAAGUACGAUAUAUUAUGAUCAGCAGAAUGGCGAAGCCCGAAGAAGUACUUGUUGUGGAAAAUGAGAACGGCGAGGUUGUCAGAGAAUUUAUGAAAGAUACUGAUUCUAUUAAUCUCUAUAAAAAUAUGAGAGAGACUCUUGUGUAUCUUACUCAUCUUGAUUAUUUGGAUACGGAGAGAGUAAUGACAGAGAAAUUACAAAAUCAAGUUAACGGUACAGAAUGGUCUUGGAAGAAUCUCAAUACGUUGUGUUGGGCAAUAGGUAGUAUUUCGGGGGCUAUGCAUGAAGAGGACGAAAAACGUUUUUUAGUAACUGUAAUAAAGGAUUUACUUGGUCUGUGUGAACAAAAAAAGGGAAAAGAUAAUAAAGCUAUAAUUGCCAGCAAUAUCAUGUAUGUUGUUGGUCAGUAUCCACGGUUUCUCCGAGCCCAUUGGAAAUUUUUAAAGACUGUUGUAAAUAAACUUUUUGAGUUUAUGCAUGAGACGCACGAUGGAGUGCAAGAUAUGGCCUGCGAUACUUUUAUUAAAAUAGCACUGAAAUGCAGACGACAUUUUGUUACUGUACAAGUAGGGGAAGCAAUGCCGUUCAUUGAAGAAAUUCUUUCUACAAUUAGCACAAUCAUAUGCGAUCUUCAAACACAACAAGUACAUACAUUCUAUGAAGCAGUUGGCUAUAUGAUAAGUGCUCAAGCCGAUACUCUAGUGCAGGAACAGUUAAUUGAGAAAUACAUGCUUCUCCCUAAUCAGGUUUGGGAUGACAUUAUUAGUCAAGCAUCUAAGAAUGUAGAUGUCUUAAAGGACCAAGAAGCUGUGAAACAACUCGCCAGCAUCUUAAAAACAAAUGUUAGAGCUUGUAAAGCUCUUGGGCAUCCGUACGUGAUACAGUUAGGGAAAAUAUACUUAGAUAUGUUGAAUGUUUAUAAGGUUAUGAGUGAAAAUAUAAGUGCUGCGAUAGCUGUGAAUGGUGAGAUAGUAAUGAAACAACCUUUAAUCAAGAGUAUGAGAGUAGUGAAAAAGGAAACGUUGAAAUUGAUAUCAGAUUGGGUGAACAGGACGAAUGAUCAUCAAAUGGUAUUGGAAAACUUUAUACCACCGUUAUUGGAUGCUGUUUUACUUGAUUAUCAAAAGACGAAUGUUCAUUGUGCUAGAGAGCCUGAAGUGCUUAGUGCUAUGGCCACCAUAGUAAAUAAACUAGAAGCUCAUAUCACUAGUGAGGUGCCCAAAAUAUUUGAUGCAGUAUUUGAAUGUACUUUAGAAAUGAUAAACAAAGACUUUGAAGAAUUUCCGGAACAUAGAACAAACUUUUUCCUCCUUUUACAAGCGGUGAAUAUUCAUUGUUUCCCUGCAUUUCUUUCAAUUCCACCGGCUCAAUUUAAACUGGUUCUUGACUCGAUUAUUUGGGCUUUUAAACAUACGAUGAGGAAUGUAGCUGAUACAGGAUUACAAAUUCUUUAUCAACUUCUAUUAAAUAUUGAGCAGCACGAACAGGCGGGUCAAAGUUUUUAUCAAACGUAUUUUACGGAUAUUCUACAACAUGUAUUCAGUGUUGUUACAGAUACAUCACACACUGCAGGCCUGACUAUGCACGCGACUAUUCUCGCUUAUAUGUUUACACUGAUUGAACGUGGGAAAAUUCAGGUGCCGCUUGGCCCUGUGCCUGAUAAUACUUUAUAUAUACAAGAAUUUGUUGCAAGAUUGCUUAAAGCAGCCUUUCCGCAUUUAACCGAUAAUCAGAUUAAAAUAACUGUACAAGGUUUGUUCCAUCUUAAUCAAGAUAUCAACGCAUUCAAGGAACACCUCAGAGAUUUUCUCGUACAAAUCAAAGAAUAUACGGGUGAGGAUGAUUCUGAGCUUUAUUUGGAAGAACGAGAAACAGCUUUACGGCUAGCCCAAGAAGAGAAAAGGCGGCAGCAAAUGGCGGUACCAGGCAUUAUUAAUCCUCAUGAUAUGCCAGAAGAAAUGCAGGACUGAAUUACCAUAGUCCUUGUCUAUCAUGUUUUGCACAUCUGAAUGAGAAACACUGUUAAAAAAUAAUUAUUGUAUCCUUUGAGCUGUAAUUAUCCUUAUGACAUCACCAUAAAAAAUAGACAAAUAUUGAUUAUACUUACUAAAACCGAGUCUGCAAAAAGAAACUACACCCUUGUUAGGGAAGUAAGCCCAAAACGUGGUGAACUGUUUGUUAUAGGAUUUAAAAAAAAAUUCGAGUUUCCGUUGUGGAUAAUAGGACAAUUGCCUGCUAGCGAUGCUAUUUCAUGUAAUGAAAUAAAAGAUUGCUUCUCAGAGAAAAUCGAUUGUCUAAGAAACGAUAACUCUAUAGGACAAAAACGUUUACAAAUUAAUUCCCAGAUAAUUAGAAUUACACAAAAAAUGGUAGAUAUAGCAAAAUAACCAGUUUUGAGAAUUACCCUCAAAUGAUUCGAUAUAUAUAUAUAUUUCAUACAUGAUGAAUUUUCUCUAUAUAAAAUUUUCCACGAAACCUAUAAUACUA